AUGUUUCCUCUCUUGUCAAACCUGACUGGUUUAAAACUGCACGACUUUGCAGCUGCCUCGUCUUCAGACUCCGAGGAACCGUCUGAGGAUGGGGAAGGGGGAGAGGAAGCUGACAAGGCUUGGUCGUCAAAAAGUAGCGAGAAGAAGAACAUGAAAGACAGUGAAACGGCGGCUCAAGCUAAAGAGACAGCUCCUUGCAAGUCAAGAUGUCGGACCUGUGUACGUCACUGGGGUCACCGGUCCUACACACUAGUUCACGACACGGACACAGAAGGCGCAGAGUUUGCCCUUGACCUUGUCCUUUAUGUCGGCUGUGCUGACAUGGAGUAUGGUGGGUUCACAUCAUACAUCGCUAAAGGGGAGGAUGGGGAGUUGCUAACGGUAACUCCAGAUGAAAACUCGCUGGCCCUGGUAUACAGAGACCAAGAGACAUUGAAGUUUGUGAAGUACCUGAAUACAGGGGUCAACAAAAUGCCACACAGAGGGUUUUAUGAUCUAUGUGCUGUUUAUUAUGAAUAA